GGAUAUGCAGUCAUUACAAGCCAUUACAACAACAACAAAAAGCAUUUUCUCCAGUGUUCCUUGCUUGCCACUUCGAGUCAGGGGUAACUCACACGCUUUUGCAAGCUUGUGGUAGAGUAGUAUUUUGGAGAGUAUUUAAUAAGCGGUUUAGAGGUCAUCGCUGUUUCGCUCUGUGUGUAUAAUAUCGAAAACAAAAGUAACUUAACCCCGUUUAGUAAGGAAGUAGUGAAGGAGGCGUGCCCACAAACUACUUUCGAAAUGUGAAGUUUGAGAAAGUUAUGUUGCAUAUAAAUAUUCGAGACAAGCUCUGACAUCUUCACAGUCAGACCUAAGGUUGCUCUCUGAUGACUUCAAAUACAGAGAUGGAGAUAAAUUUGGAGUUUCAGCGGGUGCUGUUAAGAGUGCAGGAGUCUCUCACAGGCGAUGAGGUGCAGGACCUGGUGUUCCUCUGCUCUGAUCUGCUAAAUUUGAAAGACCUCAGCACCGUGACCUCAGCUGGAGAGCUGUUCACUCUUCUGGAGAACAGGGACCUGCUGUCAUAUGAGGAUGCGUCUCUGCUUCUAGAGCUGCUCAGGAUCAUGAAACGGAACAGCCUGAUCCGCAGUCUAAAUUUAGAUAAUUUUAUGCCAGCCAACGGCACAACAUAUAGUCAACAAAUCUCUCCAUACAGACAGUUGUUGUACGAGUUGUCAGAGUCCACCUGUGAGCAGGACCUGAAAAACAUCAAAUUCCUACUGUUGAAAACACUAUCACGCAAAAAACUGGAGAAGGACACUACGCUGUUGCAGUUGUUCUUGGAGAUGGAGAAGGAAGACCUUUUAGAUGAAAAUAAAUUGGACAAUCUGCAGAAAAUUAUAGCAGAGAUCAAUCCCAGUUUAGAAAAAAAAAUUCUUCAGUACAAAACAGAUAGAUAUGAGUGUGGAAUGAUUAUUGCUCAGGAGAUCGGGGAUAUUACUCCUGUGCUGUACACACCUGCUACGCCCCCAGGGCUGGCAUCACUUACAUCACUUACAUCACUUACAUCACUUACAUCACUUACAUCAGUUGACGCACAGGUAGACAGACUAAGUCUGACUGAAGGUGCUGCUGCGAUUAGCAGAGAUCAGAGCCAGCAUGCGGAUUUGCACUCGGUGAUUGAAAACAAGAGUUUAGGCUUGCCAGGGACUGAAAAUCUAGAUUAUGAGAUGAAGGGGGACAAGAGAGGAGUCUGUCUAAUCAUCAACAACCGUAAAUUCAAAACACUACGGACCAGAGAAGGAACAGACAUUGACAAAGAAAGUCUAGAGGUUGUGUUCCAGUGGUUGGGCUUUGAGGUCCUAACCAAAGAGGACUGUAAUAGACAUCAAAUUCUGCAGGCGAUGAGGUACCUGGCUGCGCGUGACCACACGACGGCGGAUUGUGUGGUGUGCUGCAUGCUGAGCCAUGGACAAGCAGAAGGCAUCGUCGGGGUUGAUGGACGUAUUGUCACCUAUCAGGAGCUGGUAAAGACCUUGAGUCCAAAUUAUUGUCCCUCACUUUUCAAGAAACCCAAACUGUUCUUCAUCCAGGCCUGCAGAGGCACUGACAAUCAGCCAGCAGCAUUUCCUCAAAUUUUCUCAGAAGAUAAGGACAUGCCAGUCAGCGAUGCAGCUGUACCUGCAGACUCCAUACCUGAGAUGGCGGACUAUCUGUUAGCCAUGUCCACUGUACCACACUAUGCCUCAUACAGGGAAAUAGAAAAAGGAACCUGGUUUAUACAGUCCCUCUGCCGCAACCUGAAACUGCUGGUGCCAAGGGGUUUCGAUCUGCUCUCCAUUCUGACGCAGGUGAACAGCGACGUGAGCAAAAAGACGGACAAAACCGGUUUGAAGAAGCAGAUGCCACAGCCAGAGUUCACCCUCACCAAGAGAGUGGUUUUCCCUCCACCCAAAACUCACGUACCCCUUCCAUAAUGUCCUACUGCAGUCCAUGAGACCUCUGUGACAGCAUAUACAAACGUUCAUCAGCGAUGUUUACAUGUUGACCUAGGUGUUGUGAUUAUCUUAGGAAAAUGAACUGUAAAUACUAUUCACAUCUGGUAAUUUAUACUUCCCCAACAAAAAAUAUAUAUUCUAGAUAUGUUAUAUAAUAAUCAAAUGUGUUUUUACAAACUUGAAUGGACCUUUCAUGCUAUCCUCAGGCAUGAAAAGAGCAUGAGCAUAUAUUGCACACAUAGGGAUGCUACUGGACAUCCAAAUGUAGAAUAAAUGUGAUGUUUUGAUAUUUUUUUUUUGUUUUGUUUUGUUUUGUUUUUUUUUUCCUUAAAUUUCCUUAAAUAACUGUUUACAUAUUUUCAGUAAUGUGUAUUUUCUUACAGGUCACAGAUAGUUGAUAUAGUGAAUACAGAAGCCUGAUGCGUUGUCUUAUUGACGGAACAGUCCUGCACAGUCAUGAAGAAGUAAUACAUUUCUGAAAACAAGAGGGGACUGACAUUUCAAUGUGAAGGGAAAGGCUGCUGUAAAUAAUGUUUAGUGCCCUCUGUAGUCUGUAUCCUAAAAAAAUAAAAUAAAAACAGUUUGGUGACCUACUUAAUAUUCAGGAGACUUUAAAAUUGAGGAAAGAAAAGUAAGCCUUAUUAGAGAGAAAUGAAUACAGCUGCACACAAAGAAAUUGAACACAGAACUACAUUAUUAUUAUUUUUAUUUUUACAAUUUACUGCAAAGAUUUUUGCCAGCGACCAACGACAACUGUUGUACCAAAAACGUUUAUGCAAGUUUUAAACACUUGAGUUAUUUUAUGUAAUUGAAUGUUUAAGUGUGACAGUCCCUUACGAAAAUUAACCAUGGUUUUACUACAAAAAAAAUAUAUAUAUAUAUAUAUUUUUUUUAUUUAUUUUUUUUUUUUACAAUACUUAAAUGGUAUACUUUAUGGUAACUACAAAUUACCCAUGGUUUUGGUAUUCUAACCAUAAUUUAAACUUGGUAUUUGUAGUAAAACUGUGGUUACUACACUUUUAUUAUAAAAAAAACCAUUGUUAAUUUUCGUUAGGGGUUUGUAUGAUGUUACUAGUACAAUGUGAAGCUUCCUGUUAUUGUGCCAAAAUAAAGCUUAAAUCUGAC